CACAAUUUGCCAGAUUAUUUUGAUUUGUUGUUGUUGUCCCCUAAUCAUGGACUAUUGUGAUGAAAAUUUGACCCUUUUGAUAACCUCUUCACUCUCAACUGAUAGGUCAAAUCUUGUGCACAAUUAUGAUGAAUCACAUUUGGCAACUUUGUACAAUUACUUUUGUCCAAUCAUUAUUGUUGCCUGUCUCUCCUCUGUCCUACUCAAUGGCAUCUUAAUCAAAGUCAGAGGUUCUCGUUACAUUAAUGGUUCACCGAUAUUGACUCUAUCCUUGAACCUGGCUGCCACCGAUGCAAUCGCCUCAUUCCUCACUGUCCUUGUAAUCAUCUUUUCAUCGUAUCUGCCGGUUGUCCAAGGAAUCCAAUUGAACAAGUGCAUCUUGCUAACACUGGAAGUUGCUCGACUAACAUCACUCUUUGCCUCGGUACUUCACCUAUUGGCCUUAACCUGGCUUCACUAUCAAGGCACAGUCAAUCCAAUCCAUCAUCGGUUAACCAGCUUAUAUCAACGAUCAGAAAACAUUAAAUAUGUCACAUUAACUUGUUGGUUGACUCCUUUCAUCAUUUUUAUCUUCAUAUUUUCAUCAACAUCUUGUCAAGGUUACAGAUCACCAAAUUGUGAGUUUACCUUUCUUUUGGCCUGGCAUUUUCGUUCAACAAUCCUGAUUCUUUUUGGAACUCCCUGGUUACUCAUGAUAGUUGCCUAUCUUCACAUCUUUUGGACCCUUGAAAUGGCUCAGAAGAUAACCUGUUCUCGAACCUGCAAUAACAAUAACAAUGCCAAUAAUAAUAGUCUUAAUAAUCAUUCCAAUAGUGGUAACAGUAAUGAUAAUGCUAUUGAUAAUUCAACUAAUAAUAAACAAGUAAAUAAUGGGAAUACCAGUUAUCCCAUUACAUUAAACAGUAUCAAGCCUAGUUAUGGUUGCAGUAAUAAUGUUAAUGUUGAAAAUAAUUUGACUCGGCGGAUUGAUAAAUCAUACCGUAAAGCAAUAACAACCUCACUUAUCAUCAUUAUCACUUAUCUUGUUGGCUGGAUGCCAGCAAUCAUUUGGUUUGCCCUUUCAUGUAUCGAUGGUUGCCCUUAUCCACUUUACAGUCAAAGCUAUUCAACUCGUGCCUACCUUGGUUUCAUUACAACUGCCUCGGUUGUCAUUAAGCCAAUUGUUGAUCCCUUGAUAUACUCUUAUCGCUACCGUGAGGUACGACUUGCUCUGCAGGAAAUGUUUUGCCCGCACUGCAUUCAGUCGAGUACAACCUCUAAUGUGACUGAAGUCAACAAUACUCUCUACUCGUUUACAAAUCGCAUACAAAGAAGCAAUGAGGAAGAAAUGAUUACAACCUCAUGAGUACCAAUCUGGCUCACUUAAUCAAUCUCAAUAUUCAUCUUUAUUUAUGUAUUCAUUUUGACCAGAUUCUGCUGCUCUGUGAUCCAAGAAUGGUUCCAAAUUUUACUUUCAAGCCUUUUCUCUCUCUACGCACAAGAACAAUGAACAAUGUAAAUUACAUUCAAUGGUUUAAUUUGCUGAUAUCAAUUUUUGAAUUUGUAUAUAAUAAUUGUAACAUUAAUAAUUAAAUAUUGUCA